AUGCAGCACUUACUGGGACCUAGGAACUUUCUAUCUCUCAUCUGGAGCUUGUUGUUUGGGAUGUCUGUUCCAGCUAUGGCCUGUCCCGUCAGCUGCCACUGCAUAGAGCGGAAUGGAUUGACAGUGGUUCAGUGUACGUCUCGAAAUCUGGACAAAAUCCCGUCUGAUCUACCAAAAGACACGGUGGUGCUACUGCUGUCCUCCAACCAGAUCACACACAUCCCCAAUCAUGCCUUCAGAGGACUGCAUUACCUCCAAGAGCUAGACCUCUCCAACAAUGCCAUAGAAACUGUGGACGCAGGAGCAUUUCAAGGUGUUUCUGACAGCCUUCUUCUGUUGGACCUGUCUAACAAUCACAUCCAGGCCGUCCCUAAAGACGCCUUUGCACAGCUGCAUGCAAAGAUCAGCCUGUCCAAUAACCCAUGGCACUGUGAGUGCAGUCUGCAGGAGGUGCUGAGGGAGCUGAGACUAGACCCAGACACUGUGAACCAUGUGAUGUGUGACAGUGCAGUGCAGGACCAGUAUGCAGGAAAACCAGUCAUCCAGGUGCUGGACUCAGGGAUCAACUUCUGCAACUUCCACCACAAGACCACAGAUGUAGCCAUGUUUGUCACCAUGUUUGGAUGGUUCACUAUGGUGAUCGCUUAUGUCAUUUACUAUGUGAGGCACAAUCAGGAGGACGCCCGCAGACACCUGGAGUACCUGAAGUCUCUCCCCAGCAGCUCUCAGACCUCUCACACCAGUAAGGACCUGGACACCAUCAGCACAGUGCUAUAG